CAAACAGGCCUACAAACUUAAACCGUUGACUUCAAUUCUCAAACCCUCGACGGGUAGGAGUACUAGUAUAGAUUAUUAUCACUUCGGUUUCCCUCCUCCUAAUUUCUCUCUCUCUCUCUCUCUCUCUCUCUCUCAAUUUGGUCUCCGGUGCAUUCAGAUCAAGAUGGAGCACCGAAGUUUAGAAAUCAACGUGAUAUCCGCAAAAGACCUCAAGAAAGUCAACCUGUUCAGCAAGAUGCAGGCCUACGCCGUCGUUUCGAUCUCCGGCGAGCCGAGGGCGAAUCAGCAGCAGAGGACCGCCGUGGACAGGAGCGGAAACGCCAGCCCCGCCUGGAACUUCCCCGUGAAGUUCACCGUCGACGAGUCCGCCGCCCGGAGCAACCGCCUCGGCGUCACGUUCAGGAUACGGUGCCAGCGGACCCUCGGUGAUAAGGACAUCGGUGAGGUGCACGUGCCGCUGUCGGAACUUAUUGGGUCGAUCGAGGAUGGGAAAUUGCAAUUCCUUACUUAUCAGGUUCGAAAGCCAUCGGGCAGGCCGAAAGGUGAGCUCAACUUCUCAUACAAGUGGGGGGAGAAGAUCGUCGGUGCCGCACCGCCAGCUAUGGAAGUUAACAAGGCUCAGGAGCCUGUCACGGCUUACCCAGCUCAAGUUGGGUCCAGUUCAGCUUACCCGCCACCUCCAACGGGCUACGCGUAUCAACCACCUGCCGGGUAUCCUUCUGCUUCGGCUGCAGGAUACGGGUACCCACCGCCACCUCAGUAUGGUGCUUACCCGCAACAGCCUCCGCCACCAGGUUACGGUUACCCACCUCCUCAACCAGGUUACGGAUACCCGCCUGUCCAACAACCACAACAACCGCCGAAGAAGAACAAGAUGGGGUUAGGAUUGGGGGCUGGGUUAUUGGGUGGAGCAUUGGGCGGGCUUUUGAUUGGUGAGGUAAUCUCAGAUGGUUUUGGCGGCGGUUGCGGUGGCGGCGGUUGCGGAGGUGGUUGUGGCGGCGGUUGAGUUUGUUGGUUUGGUUUGUGCUUGGAUUUCCAAUUUGGGUGGAUUCCAGUCAUUUAUGAUGUGGUUAAUGCUCUUAAGAUCAUGCUGUUAAAUGAUUGUUGUCUUUCUCUUUUUUUUUGUGAAAAAAAACCUUGUAAUGUCUACGUUGUUGGCACCGCGGCCAAGCACCUCCGCUUGGCAGCAUCUCCCAACCCUGUUAUUGUAUACGCUGUAGGCCUUUAUGCAUACUCGUACCACUAAAUCUUCUAAAUAUAUUUCCUUUCAUUUCA